AUGGCGGAUAUUGAUACUCCAAGACGAAAUACACGAGGUACUGUAAAAGAUUAUGAUAGUCCUAGAAUUUCAUUGGGUUUAUCUCAACAUCAACAUGCAAUUGCAGGAGAAUCUGCAAAAGCAAAAGUUGUUGUUGAGUUAAGAAGCAAGAAGAUUAACAAUCCCUCAAGGAUUCGUCAACUUAAAGGUACUGAAGUUCCAAAAUCAAGCAAGCCGAAAGUUAAUGUUUCUGUGAAACAAGGUUCCAAAGUGUCUCAACCUAAGAAGAGAAAAGGAUUCAAGCAUUCCUCUGAUGGUAAUGUAGAUCUGGGAAAGGAUGAACAGGAAUCUAAAUUUUAUGUUAAGCGUCAUCCCGAAAGGGCUCCAUCAAUGCAAUGCCGAACUGAUGUUUUUUACUUUUACGUGCGUGUGUGUUUGUACAUUUGCAACUCAUACCGAGCUGCAGGUCAUGAUGCCAUUGUUAGAAGAGAAAUACACAAGCUAGCCACCCUUUUGCCACAUCAUUUACAACUGGCUGGGUUUUAUAAGAAUAAAAGAGACAUCGAUUUUAUUAACCACCCAAAAUUCAAGGGCAAACAACAGACUGAUGACUUUGAUAUUGUGUAUGUGAACAAACUGCCACAACAAGCCUCCGGAUCCAUGGAUUGUGGUGUUCACGUUGCAGCAUUUGUUGAGUACUUGUGUUCUGGUAGAUUGAUUCCAGAAAAGAUCGAUGCAGAAAUUCUACUACAGAGAUACGACGCUUUACUUUGGGAAUAUGGAUGGCAAAAGGGUGAUUUGAAUGCCUUCAGUGAUAAUGAACUGCCUCCAAAGGCAUGUAGGCCUGCAAUAGAUUUUGAUGAUGUUGCCAUAGUAGUUCUUAAUUAGUCCGUUAGGUUUUUAAUGUUUGAACUCUGUUGUUUACAUUAAUGUUAGU